GCCAACUUCUACUUCACACUCACCAUUCAUCAACCAAACAAGCCAUUUUGGUUCCUUUUUCCUUCUUGUUUUUCCUUUUCCUUUGCAAGCUUUCUCAUUUUGAUUUCUGCUGCAGCAUGAGUAAUCAAAAAACUCUAGUUCAUCAUAAUGUCUACUUCAUGAUUUUUGGCAUUGUAUUGGUUUGGGGAACAUUAGUCAUUCCUCAAGUCGAGUGUCGGGCAUUCUUUGUGUUUGGAGAUUCAUUGGUUGAUAGUGGGAAUAACAACUACUUGGCUACAACUGCUCGUGCGGAUGCACCACCUUAUGGAGUUGAUUAUCCCACCCGCCGGGCGACUGGCCGCUUCUCAAAUGGCUAUAACAUUCCUGACCUUAUCAGUCAGCAAAUCGGAGCCUCAGAAUCACCACUGCCAUACUUGGAUCCAGCACUCAACGGACCUAGGCUUCUCGUCGGAGCCAAUUUCGCAUCUGCUGGAGUUGGAGUACUAAAUGACACCGGAAUCCAAUUUGUUAAUAUCAUCAGAAUCCCUUUGCAGUUGGAGUACUUCAGGCAAUAUCAGCAAAGAGUAAGUGCAUUAAUAGGACCUCAACAGGCAAAGCAGCUCGUGAGCAAUGCACUUGUUCUAAUGACAUUGGGAGGAAAUGAUUUUGUUAACAACUAUUAUCUGAUACCAAACUCUGCAAGAUCACGUCAGUAUGCCAUCCAAGACUAUGUUCCCUUUGUGAUCUCCGAGUACAGAAAGAUUUUACUGAAACUUUAUGACCUUGGUGCCCGUAGGGUCAUCGUGACUGGCACAGGACCACUGGGUUGUGUCCCCGCGGAACUGGCUCUGCACAGUAGAAAUGGCGAAUGCGCAACUGAACUGCAAAGAGCAGCAGGCCUAUUCAAUCCCCAGCUUGCUCAAAUGCUGAGUGAGUUAAACAGUAAAGUAGGGAGGGAUGUAUUCAUCGCAGCCAAUACACAACAAAUGCACUAUAAUUUCAUCAAUAAUCCUGGAGCAUUCGGUUUUGUAACAUCAAAGGUAGCAUGUUGUGGGCAAGGGCCUUACAAUGGGAUUGGCCUCUGCACAGGAUUUUCUAACUUGUGUCCUAGGAGAGACCUGUAUGCAUUUUGGGAUCCAUUCCAUCCAUCAGAAAGAGCAAACAGAUUGAUUGUGCAACAAAUGAUGAUAGGCUCAUCUGAAUACAUGAACCCCAUGAAUCUCAGCACCAUCCUGGCCAUGGACUCUAAUUAGACAUGUCUGAUCUAAAGCUCCAACGUCACUGUCUGGAUCCAUCUCUUUCAGUUUGUUUAAGAUCUGGCUUUUACCUUUCUAAGAAAUUCUUUAAUGUGAUUCAUUUGGUCACCAAAGAAGAACUGAUGGCCUGUAAACUAAGUUUUUCAGCUACCAUUGAACUGUAAUGUGUUUCAAUUGUAACAAAUUGUGUUCCUGCAAACUUAUCUAUAAGAUAGUGUUGGAUCUAUUCUAGAUGAAUUGAUAAAUAAAAACACUUUGGUUUUAUAAAGAGAUAGGAACUCCAUUCAAAUCCUUGUUACUCAAAUUAAAGAUUCUUCAUUCUGUUUUCAUUGAGAUUCUGAAUUUCUCAAGAUUCCUCUAUAAUUCAUUAUUAUUGCAUAUGAUUUUCCCCACUGCAAAGUUUGGAAACAAGAAGACAAGAAUCUACAUGAAGGUUUAAUAUCACGACCUUCGUGUACUGUUCAUU